AUGCACUUCAGCCACAUUCUUCUAGGCCUCGUGACCUCCGCAUCCGCCAUCGACGUCUACUUCUGGAACGGCGGGGACUGCUCCGGCUCCGCCACCGUCUGCACCGGCAUCAACCCCAACGUCUGCUGCGCCGGCACCGACAACACCAUCUCCUUCCGGGGCAUCCCGACCAACUGGCACAUCACCGGCCGGGGCUACAACAACGGCGGCUGCAACAAUCUGGCCUACCAGCUCGACAACAACGGGCAGAGCUGGAUCUGCCUGGAGAGCGGCAACUGCACGGAGACGGUGAAGCCCGAUACGCUCGUGCUUGCGGAUGGGGUUACGAAGUAUGAUAUUGUCGGCUUGGACGAUGCCAAGCUUGAGGAACUGCUUGCUCUUGCUCGUUCUGGAGUUGGCCCUGAGGGAAUCCCCAAGGAGUUCCAGGAGCUGCGCCGGUAA